AUGUUUGCGGAUGACAAGAAGAUAUGGAGUGUAAUUCGGGGUCCUACCGACGAAGACAGGCAGCAGAUGAACCUGAAUCGGUUGGAGGAGUGGUCAAACCGUUGGCUCCUGCGGUUCAACGUUGCCAAAUGUAGCAUACUUCGCCUACGCAACACAGCCAGAUCCGCCAGCACAAGAGACUACUUUCUGGGCUGUGCAGCCCUACAAGAGGUCGAGGCCCAAAGGGACCUCGGCGUGCUUACGACGAGUUCCCUAAAACCAUCCGCCCAAUGUUCGAGGGUGGCAAAGACCGCAAUGUCCGUACUGUACGCCAUCAAGCGUGCGUUUAUGGACUUUGACGAAGACGCUUUCUCUAAGACAUUCGGAACAUUCGUCCGGCAGCACUUAGAGUACGGCAUACAAGCUUGGAGGCCGUGGGCUGUUGAGGAUCAAAACUGCCUCGAAAGUGUCCAGAGGAGAGCCACGAAGAUGGUUAGGGGUCAAACCUCCUUUCCUUAUGCAACCCGCUUAGUAAAUCUGAACCCCUUUCCUUUGAGUUACAGGCAACUUCGCGGAGAUCUCUUGCAAGCCUUCCGCACUGUAAAGGGUUUGGAUUGCAGUCUGGCCUUCGAGGACUUUUUUGAAUUUGCUACCACGACCAACCUCCGAGGUCACCCGUUAAAACUGCGCACUCAGCAGGCCAGGUUGGAUGUGCGGAAGUUCUCCUUCUCGGUUCGAGUGGUGAAACCAUGGAAUGAGCUGCUCGCAGAUGUUGCGAUAUCACCAUCUAUACAAAGCUUUAAGAAGAAUCUGGACAUAUGUUCCGAAAUGACCAAGAGCGAUGAGAAGUAG